AUGAAAGUAUUUGUUGUAUUUUCUGCUCUGCUAGCAGUUGCGUCAGCCAGUUCCUUGUAUUUGGCUCGACUUGCACCAGCAAUUUCAAGUCAAUAUCAUUCUCAAGAUGGAAUUGGUCAAUAUGCAUAUGGUUACAAUGACCAUCUUUCAUCUAAGCAGGAAGUUAAAUCGUUGGAUGGAAGUACCAGAGGAGCCUAUAGUUACAUCGAUUCAAACAACGUUCUUCAAACUGUUAACUAUGUAGCUGACGCGGGUGGUUUCCGAGUUUCAGCAACUAAUUUGCCAAAACCUGUUGAAGUUCCAGCUCAAGAAUUACCACAACAAAUUCCUGAUACAUUAGAAGUUGCUGUUGCAAAGUCGGCUCAUUUGGCUGCUGUUGAAGAAGCCAAACAGCGAUUAGGUGUGCAACAAAGAGUUUCAAUUUUCACUGGUGACUUACCACAACAAGUUCAAGAUACUCCCGAGCUAAGAAUCAAAUUGGUUACCAGGUCCUAG